CAUCAUGACGCUCAUUGCGCGCGCGAGGCAAACGAGCGGAGGGUAGUGUGUGUGUGUUUACCACGUGCGUGUGUUGUUUCGUCGAGUUCGUUUCGACGUCGUGUGUGACUGCCACGUCUCUCUGGGAUGGCUUCAGUACCGUGUGCUACUUUUCACAAAAACAUCGACGACAUCAAACGCUGCAAAGAUGGGUCCUUGGUGCUGGCGUGCAACAACUUGUUUGGCACCAAGUGGGAAGGUUCAGUGCGCCUCUACAAGAAGGUGGAGGACAUUCCAAGCCUGGAGGAGUGCGUGGCCUCAGUAAACACUGACUCAACUGUGGCCGACAUUGUGCCUUUGAACCCAGGUCGCUUCAUGCUUGGCCUUGACUCAGGUGGCGUGGAGAUGCUGCAGCUGGCCCAGGAAGAGCCUCGGCUGUUGGACACGGUGUUCUACAGGCGGGACCACGAUGGUGGUAUUACCUCGCUGGCUCUGUCGCCCGACAGGCGGUGGCUGGCUUCCACUGGAUGGGAUUUUGCGAUCAAGCUGUGGGACAUGACGUCCAUGGAGUGCUCCAGGACAUAUGUGGCAGCGCACUCUGAUGCUGUCUGGAAGGUGGUCUUCUCCACAGACCCCAAUGUCUUCCUAUCCUGCAGCAAGGAUGGGAAGGUGCAAUCCUGGGACAUGAGGCUCAGUAAGCCGGCCACUGUUCUAGGGGAGGGUUCCUGCGGCCCAACUACACUGGACUGGCAGCCUCUGAGUGCUAGCAGCUAUGCUGUUGGCCUGCUGUCUGGAGCCCUGGCAAUGCGUGACAUCCGAAAGCCCGCACAGGACGUGCUCCAUGUGGAGUCAAGUGACAGGCCGCUGCACCGGAUUCUUUUCUGCCCAGACAUGCCAAGCUUGUUGGCGGUGUGUGCCGACAACCCAAUUGUGCAAGUGCUUGACGUGUCAAAGAUGGAGGACAACAUCACCUACCGCAGCGAGGAACACAGCAACUUCGUGCGAGGCCUCUGCUGGACUGGUGAGCAUGUGCUCCUGUCGGCGGCAUGGGAUGGUCGCGUUGUACAGCACUCGGUCGGACCCGCACCCGAAAGCGGGGACGCACCUUCCUCUGCCAGCGGCCAAUAAACUUGUGUACUUGUAAAA